AUGGAGGGGCAGGGAAGACUGGUCGCUCCCAUUGGAGGACUGCACAUCCAAGCCACUGGAAUGGGAAUGGAAUCAAGUUGUGAUCCGGCACUCAUGACUGUGUUGAAUCGGGUUAGCGAGAAGAUCAUGCGGACGUUGCUGCUAGCAAUGGGCUUGCCGUGGACAAUGCAUUUAUGGGAAAGGAUUGUUGAGACGGACCAUUUUGGAAGAGAAUGGUGCUCCAGACACAUAAUGAAUCUCGCCCAGCAGGGCGACACGGAACUAUCCUUGCGAAUUGUUUUCCUUACCGCCGGCUCAGCAGGCAAGGCGAUGAAGUAUGGUCAAACAUUAGCUAAGAGCGGUGGACAGAAGGGCAUCCCGUCCAUCAUCGAUUUUGUCGCCCAUAAGUUCUAUGCCCGAAUCGGCCAAUAA